UCGCAAGUUGUAGAUCCUUGACGCUGCUGCUCCAAAAUUUUUAACAGUUAGAUGUCUAACUACACGAAGCUGAAAAGAUGUGGAGAAUCGCAAAGGGGUCCGAGCUUACGCAAGCGAUGGAGCGCAUUGGCCACGCCUACAACAAAUUCAAAGAGGAGGGAGAUGGCGAGGAGGAUUACAGAAGAUAGACGUGUUGUCCAUGCACGCGCUUGCGAAAGAGAGAGAGCACUGGUCGGCAGUACCGUAUGGAAGGUGGAUGGUGAGUUCAUUCGCUUUCCUUCAGUUGACGAUCAAACCAGAAAAAUUAUCGUCACUCACUAUUUUCAAGUCUCCGAAGGGAGUCGGCGGGAGCCACGUCCGUUUGAGUUGAGAUGUUUGGAAUUCAGAACAGUUUAUAUGUCGUCUGACGAGAGGACACUACGAAUAGCAUCAAUGAAAUUUGGAAUAUAUCCGCGGGAUUUAUUACAGGACUGGCAAAUUGAAUGUUGGGGAAAAAGAUUAGAAGUCGGGUUAUGCUAGUAGUGUCACUGUCGUUUCCUGCGAGGGAAAUUGUGCUCCGCUUUGCAUAUUGCAGGACGCUAGACUACAAAUAACUCUGGCACUUUCGACUGUGCCUUUACCCGUGAAUGGUGAGCACGCCGCUGCUACUACUUAAUGAUAGAAAAUGAACACGGACGCACGUCUUAUCCUAGGAAUAGUUCUACUGAAAAAAUGUCCCUUUUGAGUGAGAAUCUGCGCCAAUGGGCGCUUAGAUUUACAUGCAUUUUAGUUCUUCAUUUUCCGAUAGGGUUCUAAAUGUACAGCGGACAUUGUCAUGUUUUGUAUAUGAGGCAAAUUAUACAUAACCAGUUUAUGUUAACUCUUCAAAUCGUUCACUCGAAUAGGAUCGCAGCCGCCGAGCUCCUACCAAAUAAGACCAUCGUCAUACUAACAGUGAUAGAAGCGUUGUAGUUCGCGUGCACGUGCACCUUAGUGACCCUCUGUAUCUGAGCCUUCCUUCGGUAAAGGGAAUUGAAAGACUUCAGCGGUUCUUAUCGUAUUCACUCUUGUUUUUUUUCACGUAGUCAGAACUUUCAUGAAGAAGGACCCAAAGAGAGGCCGUAUUCUUUACUUCACGUGCUGACCUCCUAGUCGUAGCGUGGUCGUAGUAGUCGUUCGUUUUCUCCUCCUGAGUAGUCUCGCAUCGUUCCGAACCUCAACCUUUAUAUUGCCUUCUUGGCCGUCUGCCCAGAUAUUUUGUGCGAGGUUUUUCUUAUUUCACUGGUUUACU